CUGACCAGAAACAUGUCAGUUAUGUAGCUGUUAUGUAGCCGGUUGUCUCAUCCACAAUACCCCGAUUUUUUAUUAAUCUACUGAUUCAGCAUGGCCUCUCUGAAAUCACUGCUGGCGUAUUCCAACAGGCUGCUUCCAACACUGAAAAAACAGAUUCAUGUUGUUUGCAUCAAGAGGACUUUCUUCCUGCCCAGACUCUUAAAACGUACAGACGGCAGGUUAAUCAAAUUUGGUCGACUGUCCAGCUCUACAGCAGCCAAUGCAGAGAAAACUGAAGACUCUUUCCUGAAAUGGUUCCUGCUGCUUAUCCCUGCCACCACGUUUGGCCUUGGUACAUGGCAGGUGAAAAGGCGGCAAUGGAAAUUGGGACUAAUUGAUGAACUGAAACGUCUCACUACAGCAGAACCCAUUCCUCUUCCUCUCGAUCCUAAUGAGCUAAAUAACCUGGAGUACAGAAGGGUUAAAGUACGUGGACAUUAUGACCACUCACAGGAGCUGUACAUCAUGCCCCGCUCACCUGUUGACCCAGAGAAGGAGGCCAGAGAGGCAGGGAGUUUGUCUUCAAGUGGAGAGAUCGGUGCUAAUGUCAUCACCCCAUUCCACUGCACUGACCUUGGCAUCACAAUCCUGGUGAACAGAGGAUAUGUCCCAAAGCAGAAAGUAAGACCAGAGACCAGAAUGAAGGGGCAGGUGGAAGGUGAGGUGGAAGUAGUGGGAGUCGUUAGGCUGACAGAGAUUCGAAAACCAUUUGUUCCAAACAAUGAUGUAGAGAGAAACCGUUGGCAUUACCGCGAUCUUGAGGCGAUGUCUCGCGUCACUGGAGCUGAACCCAUCUUCAUUGAUGCUGACUAUGGGAGCACUAUUCCUGGCGGACCAGUGGGUGGGCAGACCAGAAUCACACUGAGGAAUGAACAUAUGCAAUAUGUGAUAACAUGGUACGGCUUGUGUGCAGCUACAACCUACAUGUGGUAUGCCAAAUUCAUCAAGAAAAUCAAGCUGUGAUUACUUAAAACUGUAGUUACACAAAGACUUUGGAAAGCAAACCUCAAACUGUCAGCACCAGCGUGUUAUGUUCACCAGUAUAUUCACUAAUAUAUGCAAGUGUAAAUAGCUUCUCUGAAUGUUGGAAUUUCUUUGAAAUUAAAGGCAGUGACCUAAAUA